AUGAAAGGUAUGAAGCCAAUAAGAGCCUCCCUUCCUUCAAUGGUUCCUAAUUUCACUGGCCGACAGAGCGAGGUUGAAGAGAUCAUUGGACACGUAACUUCCGAAUCUACCCGACUGGUGUCGAUCUGGGGUUCACCUGGGUUCGGAAAAACAUCAGUUGCAAUUGCAGUGGGACACGCGCUCCAGUCUCAAGGGCUACCUGUCUAUUGGGUCUCAUUACGGGGACUUCAGUCAAAAGCAGAUCUGACUUCAAAGUUUCUAUGCCUUCUAAGGCAACCAACCAUCAACAAUCAACCGUCCGAUCGGGGUCUGUCCCUUGACGAUGAAAUUUGCCAACUAUUCAGCGAAAUAUCAAAACAGUCUGUAUUCAUCCUUGAUAAUGCCGAUGAUUUGUUAGAAAGUGGUUGCCCAAAAGUGAAGGAAGAGGUCAUGCAACUUCUUGAAGAAAUACUCAGGCAAAACCCAAGGCUGACAUGCAUUGUAACCACGAGAGAGUCUCUUGAGUUUAUGGACAUUCAUUUUCAAGGCCAUCAAGGCUUAAGAAUAAGAACAUUAGAUAAAGCCUCUACACAAUGCCUAAUUCAUGAGUUACUUCCAAAUGCGAGCCCUGCGGAUUGCACAGAAGUCGCGCAUAUCUGCGGGCAAGUUCCUUUGGCCAUAAAAAUAAUGUGUUCUUUGAUAUCUGAAGAUAAUGCUUUACCACGCCAUUUUCUAGAUGAUUUCAAGGCGUCCUCUACAGAAAGUAUCGUGAGCAUGUUGGACAAUCACGAUUACCCGGCAAGCCAUCGAUUACAGUUCAUUUUUGACUCCUCUUUCCAGAGACUUACUGCACAAGAACAAGAAGCACUAAUUUCUUUGAGCAUUCUCCCUGGGAACUUCACUACUGAGGUCGCUGCGGCCGUUUUAGGCACCAAAAGUGGUUUUCAAACCAAAAGAAUGUUACAAAAUUUUCGGAGGAAGUCACUGAUUGAUUCAGGCUCUAAAUCGGGCACUUUCACGAUGCACAAACUGUUGCAAUCAUUUUCGAAAGAGAAAGGAGACGCUGAGAUGAACAAGACGAUUCUCAAUGCAAAGGAAUGUUUGAAUGCAUUCUAUGUCUCGCACUUUGAUAAACUAAAUGAACAAUUUCUCACCGGGCACUCCAUGGAUGCAUAUAUUGCAUUUUAUGAGGAUAAGGAAAGCAUUAUUCAAAGCAUAGUAGAAGGAUGUUUUAACUCCAAAACAGCCGACACUGUCUUUGAAAUUUUGGUCAAGGGGGAGUUGUUUCUUGACUCACUUUUUUGGACAGCGAGUGAAAGUAAAAACUUUGAUGACAUAUACGAUGCCGCCAUAAAAGCAGCCAACCUGCAUGGAAACGAAAAAUACCACAGGCAGCUACUUACUUCCAAAGCUUUCGCUGAAGCAACCUGGGGAAGUAGAGGAAAGACGAAUCAGCUUCUCUCUGAAGUGAAAGUUAUGCAAGCAGCAUCUUGCCUUGUUUCUAAUCAGGAAAAAGGCAAAUCCUUCUGCUAUUUAGGAAUCUGUUAUCUUACUGCAGAAGAAACGAAGAGUGGAGUCCACUGCCUACAGCAAGCGUUUUCAUCACUGGAGACUUGCAACGACCAGGAGUCGUUAUUUCUAAAGUUUCUUAUUCUUCAGAUCCUCGUCUGUUAUUAUCAGUCCCUAAAUGACUUCUACAAUGCACGUUACUACUAUGACAAAUCACUACAUCUGUCCUCUGCAGUAGGAGAUUGCAAGCUGCUUAUUAUUCCGCCGAUGAAAAGCAAAGCACAAAAAACUACAAAUGAAAUGCAGUUUAAAAUGGACUCAACCAUUUUGCUGAAUCAACCUUUCGAAUUCCAAUUUGUCUGUCUCUUAAGUGAAGCUACAAAGGUUUUCGCUGACACUAAAACCAAACAAAAUACAAGCCAUAUCCUUCUUCAAAUGUUAGAGUGUGUCGAAAAAGAUCUUACACCUUCCACGGGUUUGCUAACUUUUCACACAGCUGUGGUAAAGCUGCUCUGGAGUUCGAAUAGUGAAGACCCUGAAAAACUAUUUUGGUCAAGAAUAAAUUAUCAUGAAAAAACACUCAAGCAAUGCAAAGAAACUUUCCCCAAAAGUCACAGACUUUUUCAAAUACAAAUUAAAGCGCUUGUGGACUGCUACUUAAACUUGUGUACAGUUUACAACAACAGAGGAAUCUAUUCGGAAGCUCUUCAGUCAUACAACCGAGCGCUAAGCACAGCAACAAAGUACUGUGGAGAAGAACAUGAAAGCACAGCUGACAGCUACAGGCAACUUGGUGUAACACAACGCAACAUGCACGACGACAGAGCAGCUCUACAAUCUCACCAGCGCGCAUUGGCUAUCCGUAUUAAACUAUUUGGAGAGGAACAUGAAAGCACUGCUGACAGCUACAGGCAACUCGGUACAACACAAAACAAAAUGCAUGACGACAGCGCAGCUCUACAAUCUCACCAGCGCGCAUUGGGUAUUCGUAUUAAACUAUUUGGAGAGGAACAUGAAAGCACUGCUGACAGCUACGGGGAACUCGGUGUAACACAACACAACAUGCGUGACUACAACGCAGCUCUACAAUCUUACCAGCGCGCAUUGGCUAUCCGUAUUAAACUAUUUGGAGAGGAACAUGAAAGCACUGCUGACAGCUACAGGCAACUCGGUGUAACACAAUGCAACAUGCAUGACUACAGCGCAGCUUUACAAUCUCACCAGCGCGCAUUGGCUAUCCGUAUUAAACUAUUUGGAGAGGAACACGAAAGCACUGCUGACAGCUACAGGGAACUCGGUGUAACACAAUACAACAUGCAUGACUACAGCGCAGCUCUACAAUCUGAGCAGGAUGCAUUAGCUAUCCGUAUUAAACUAUUUGGAGAGGAACAUGAAAGCACUGCUGACAGCUACAGGCAACUCGGUGUAACACAAUACAACAUGCAUGACUACUGCGCUGCUCUAGAAUCUCACCAGCGGGCAUUAGCUAUCCGUCUUAAACUGUUUGGGGAAGAACACGCAAAAACCGCUGAUAGCUACAGGCAAGUCAAGAUCACUCAAGACGCCCAACGAAAGUUUAGAGCAGUGAAAAGAACAAAGCGAAAAGUACAAAAAUAUGAAUAG